AUGGCUACCAUGGAGGGUCCACUGAGUAAGUGGACGAAUGUAAUGAAAGGGUGGCAAUAUCGUUGGUUUGUUUUAGAUGAAAAUUCAGGAAUUUUAUCAUACUAUACGUCGAAAGAUAAGAUGAUGAGAGGAUCACGGCGAGGCUGUGUGCGGUUGAAGGGUGCUAUUAUUGGUAUAGACGAUGAAGAUGACAGUACUUUUACAAUCACUGUUGAUUUGAAGACAUUUCAUUUCCAAGCCCGAGAUGCAGAUGAACGUGAACAGUGGAUAGCUGCUCUAGAAAAUACUGUUUACCGACACUCUCAGCCAGGAAAGAAAGUUGAACCUAAAACUGCAGCCAGUAUAGAAGAAUUCGAUCACAAGUUGAUGGAGACUGAUGCUUAUCUUCAAAUCCUUAUUGAUCAAAUCCAGGCCCUUGAAGCAAGAAUUGAUGCUUGUCCUGAUGCAGUUGAAAAAGAAAAGUACAGUGUCAUCAAAGUGACAGCUGAUGGAAUGGUGGAGGCCAUCAAACAUGCCAUCGUGAUGAUGCAAAUUACAAAGGAAGAACAAGUUUGUCCUCCAAAUACUCCUGUGGAGAGUCUAAAGGAGCCAAUUCUGAAUGGAACAUUGGUGGAUCUGCCACUGCUGACCAGUGAAGCCAACUUCAACCAUUUUGAUAGACUCAAACCUCCAGUUCCCUCCUCUGUUUCCUCCGACAAUGUCUGCGUGGAGCAGGGUAUUGAUGUGGUGCACAGCAUGGGUGGCAAGGGCACAUCUCUCCCUAACAUUAACCUUGCUGCGGAAAAGGCUCAUGAUGUCACGGAAAAUCUAGAUGUUAAAGGUGAUGGUUUGAUUCCGGAAGUUUCAUAUUCCAGCAGUGACGAUGAAGAGUUUUAUGAUGCUGAGGAACACAAGUCACAGCAGUCCAGUCCACAGAGAAAGGUUUCAAUACCUACUGAUCACUUGAAUGAAAACAACCACGCAGGACCGACAAUUAUUGCAGCUGAAGAUGACUAUUUUGAUGAACUGUAUGAUGAAGUGGAUAAAGAAGAUUUGGGUUCGCUGGAGCAGCAUGGCAGUAUCAUUGCUCAUCUUCUGUCCCAGGUCCGUAUCGGCAUGGACCUCACCAAGGUCGUUCUUCCUACGUUCAUUCUGGAGAGGAGAUCGCUGUUGGAGAUGUUCGCAGACUUCUUUGCACACCCAGAUCUCUUUGUCAAAAUAGCAGAUCUUGAAACACCUAGAGAGAGAAUGGUUCAGGUUAUUCGAUGGUAUUUGUCGGCAUUCCAUGCAGGAAGAAAUAGUUCUGUUGCUAAGAAACCCUACAACCCAAUCAUCGGAGAGACAUUCCAGUGUGUGUGGAGCCUCCCUGAAACAGGAACCAGCAAAGAAACAGUAGAGGACGGACCUCUGCCAUGGUCUACUAAGGAUAACCUGGCUUUUAUUGCAGAGCAGGUUUCACACCACCCACCUAUUUCAGCAUUCUACGCAGAGCAUUACAACAAGAAAAUUAGUCUUGACGGUUACAUCUGGACGAAAUCCAAGUUCCUGGGUUUGUCCAUUGGAGUCCACAUGAUAGGACAAGCUGUCAUAUCAGUGAUUGGAAAAGACGAAGAGUACACGAUCACAUUUCCUAAUGGAUAUGGCAGAUCAAUUUUAACAGUUCCAUGGGUAGAACUUGGUGGUAAAAUUCAUAUAGGAUGUGCUAAGACUGGCUACAGUGCAACUGUCGAAUUUCAUACCAAGCCAUUUUAUGGAGGGAAGAAACAUAGAGUUACUGCAAAGAUAUUUGAUCCUGACGCAAAGAAUCCAUUUGUGACGAUUGAGGGUGAAUGGAAUGGUGUUAUGUUUGCAACUUAUACCACAGGGCAAAGUGAAUGUUUUGUUGACACGAAGACCAUACCAAUAAUAAAGAAGAGAGUGCAGCCACGAGACCAGCAGGGAGACUAUGAAUCACGGAGGUUGUGGAAGGAUGUUACUUUGUACCUUAAGAAGAAGGAUGUUGAAAAAGCCACAGAAUGUAAACAUUACCUGGAGAAGCGACAGAGAGAAGAAGCAAAGGACAGAAAAGAAAAGGGACUCAAGUGGGAGACAAAGUAUUUCCAUGAAGUUGGUGAACACUGGGUAUAUGACAGACCUUUACUACAGCGCUUAGGAGCCGAGACUUCUGUGUCUUGAUGCUCAACACCGUGUGAUGACUGGCUAGAAAACAAAAAAACUGUAUGAAUGAGAUUGUGAUAUGGACACGAUGCAUAAUAAAUGCACUAUGUUGUUAUUAGGACUAAAAUGUAUACGUGUCAAGAAUAUGCUUUCAGUCAAAAAUGUCAAAAUUCUGUAUGUGUGCUAUUUUGUUUUAUUAGCAGUAUACAUGGAAUGUUUCAUUGCUAUGUAAUGUUGUUGUUGAAAGCUGACAGCUGACUUUAUGUCAUUAAAAUGUGUAUUUGGUCUGAUUGAAUUGAAUGAAAGAGAACUGGUUUUAACUAAGACACCCUCUUACUUACAUAAAUUAUAGUAUGCAACAAACAGCUUAGAUUUGUGUAAUGUCGAAUAUAUUUGGAUGCCUGUGUACAAAUAUUACAUGUGGCAGUAAAUUUAAGUAACUUAAUAAAGCUUAAGUUAUUAAAAAGCUUUGAAGGACAAGAAUCCACAUAUACCACCUUUAUAGAAAGGAAAGGAAUAUUUGUUUAAUGACAAAAACAACACCCUUUAAACUAUGGCUGUUUGGUGGUCACUUCGAUAUGAAAGGGAGAGAGACAGACACACACAGGCUUUCUCCUACCGACUAGCAGCAAGGGAUGUUUUAUGUGCACAGAACAGGACAACUCUAUACAGCUUUCGAUGUAGCAGUCAGGAUGCACUGAUAGCAACAGGGACUGCCAAGGGCGAACAAUUCGAUGACCCAUUGUACCUCGGCGAGCAUUCUACCACUGAGCUGCAUCCUACCACUGCAUAUACCUUGUUGCUUAUCAGAAGAAGUAGCCUGCAAUGUGGAUCAGUUUCUUCUCUUAACAUACUAGAUAUAGUAGCCAGGGGUAAGAAGGGUAAAAUUACGUACACUAAAAUAUUGAAAAUUAAUGGAUGCAUUUUUUUCUAUUUUUUAGAAAGAUUAUAAUAAGAGAACUGCAGUUUAAAAUUUGUUAAAAUUCAUGAAAUGCAGGCUUUGAUUUCAAAAGAUUUCAAACCUGUAACCACUUAAUAGGAGAGCUUGUAAUGUGUUCUCUUUUUAUUAUACAUCCUCAGAUUAUUUUCUGUCGGAAAGCCUGGUAGUACAAUUACCAUCUGCUUGAUGCCCAAGAACAGAAACUAAACAAUGUUCUGAGGUGUCCGAAACAAAUAUUCUGAUUGUAUUUAAGAUAAGAGUUUCCUACUGAAAUCAUAUUGUUAUCAAAGCAAAUACCUCAACAUCUAGUCAGUAAAAAUCUUAUAUUGUCACAAAUUAUAGAAGUCUAUAUUAUACCACAGUUAUAUUCUGGUGGUAAUAAGUUCCGUCAGUGUUUUUAAUGUUUCUGGAUGAACUGUCGGAUCGUCACCGACUACUGCUGAAGAAUUAUUCUGACCAUGGGUCACGGUCAAAACUGAGUUAAAUAGAGCCAGCUUUAUGACCAUACUUUUUCAUCAUCCACUUCGUUAUUAUAAAAUAUAGAUUGUAAAUUGUGAUUUGGCAAGAUUAUUGAGAUAGGAAGGUUGUUAAUAAGUGUAUUUCUUUCUAAACAAAUGUGUCUGACCUUUAUGCAAGAAACACGGACCUGUGUUCAAACUUUCACAUUUUGUUUUAUAGUACAUUUGACAUCUGGCUUAAAUUUAAUGAGUCUAAAUUAAUGGAUCCACAAUUAAACAAAUAUGAAAGUUUUGAGUAUCAACAUCAUAUUAUUAUAUUUGUAUGGAGUUUCCAGACAAAUAUUUUAGAAGUUUUGGCUGCAUGUCAUCAGUGUUUUAUUUUUUUUAUCAAGUGUCAGUGUAUACAGGAACAGAUUGGUUUUGAAUUGAAAAAUAAGUGUCACACAACUGUUCCAGAAAUUUUCUUAAAUUGACAUGUACACACCCUUUUUACAAAUGUUAUGAUACAUUUUUUAAUGUUCACAAUAUUUUCCUUGAAAUUUUAGGAUUUUUUAUUUGUUUUUAAAAUAAAAAAUUUGUUUACUAUAUCCAGAAGUAAAAUUAUUGCUUAAAAGCAUGUGCCAUUUGUCUUCAUAUGUACUUCAGUUCAAAUAAUGUUUGUCUGACAUACAUGAUGUACUGAUAAAAUGAAAUAAGGGAACACUUAAAUAGUAACAGCAAAUAUUGACUGAUUUUUUUUUUAAUGACACCAUUAGAGCACAUUGAUUUGUCAGUCAUCGGCUAUUGGACGUCAAACAUUUGAUAAUA